GGUAGGGAGGCGCAUGCUCCCGCCCCAUCAGUCCAGAAGUACAGGGGUGUUGCUGGGGAAUCCAAGGGUGGAGCUGGAGGCAGGGCUCCCGGGAGAGAGCCGUCUGGCGGUCCGGCUGCAGGGAAGAGACUGAGGUCAGCCAAGGACCUGAGGACCGAGGUGAAGCCAUGAAGCACCUGUUGAUCUCGCUGGCCCUCUGGCUGGGCACAGUGGGUGUGGGUGGGACCGAGCUCACAGAGACACAGCACAGGGGCCUGCAGGUGGCCCUGGAGCUGUUCCACGAGCACCCACCCCUGCACUGGGCCUUCCAGGAGACUGGUGUGGACAGCGCCGAGGACACGCCCUUCCCAGCUGGCACCUUUGUGAAGUUGGAAUUUAAGCUCCAGCAGACAAACUGCCUCAAGAAGGACUGGAGAAAACCAGAGUGCAAAGUCAAGCCGAACGGGAGGAAGCGGAAAUGCCUAGCCUGCAUCAAACUAGACCCCAAGGGUAAAGUUCUAAGCCGGAUGAUUCACUGCCCAAUACUGAAGCAAGGGCCUCAGGACCUCCAGGAGUCUCGAUGUAGCAAGGUGGCCCAGGCUGGUGAAGACCCCCACAGCUACUUCUUCCCUGGACAGUUUGCUUUCUCAAGGUCUGAACUACACAACUGAGCCCCGGGAAGAAAGGUGACUAGAGAGCAGGGACAGCCAUUUCAAUGAAGACUGGGCUGUGGGAGGCAGGGAAGGGAUGGAUGUCUAAUACCUGGAAGAAAGCUCAGACUAGACCAAAACAGCCUCCUUCAGGCCCAAUCUGGUUCCCCCCUCUUCUCUAGAAUCCCCCUGUGUCCUAGACAGCUGUUGCAGUAUUGUGGAAGCACCUCUACCCGAGUCCAUGACAUUCCAAAUAAAAGUGCCAAGUCUGUUCC